UGUUCACACGUUCCAUUUGUAAAAAUGCAGGCAGAAGAUGCCCUCGAUUCUGAAAGCAACUCGAGCAUCGAGUCCGAUGGUAGAUGGAAGUCGAAGAGCAGGACAGAAACGACGUUGAAGAGAGAGGAUUAUGACUACAUGGACGAUGAGGAUAUACUAGACGAUGAGUAUAGCAUUGGCGGGGACAUGAAUGAUAGAGAGUUAGCCCUUCACCAUCUUGAAGAUGACCAUUUACUUGAUCAAGACGACCAUUUACUUGAUCAUGACGACCAUUUGCUUGAUCACGAUGACAACGAUGCAGAAGAUACCAUUCCAAUUAGUCACAAACAUUCAUGUGAAACUCAAGAUUCCAAACAUCUAGAAGAUAGUUGGCGAUCAGAAGAAAGUCGUGAUGGCUCAGCCGAUGCAUCAUUGAGUUGUAACAUUUCUGAGGCACCAGAGAAAAGAGAUGUUGUGGAUGUCGAUGUAUCAGACAAAGACGUUGAGGAUUUGCUAGCAACCGAGAGUGGCGAUGACGACCAGGACGAGGAACAGUCUCAUUCAUCCAGAUUUAAACCAGAGCGUAACAUGACUUUAGUAAACAAAGGUAAAGCCAGAGGGCAUGAACAACUAGGAAAAGCGUGCAGUGGUGCUACUAGUGAUGCCAAAUCAACACAAAGUAAGCAACAACGUGUAAGUUCGAGACAUCAAAAAGGCCCAUCAGGGAAGAGACAGCAGAGAGUACAUAGUAGGGAUGACAACAACAGGUCUUACAUGCAUGGGCAUCAUCGAGGAACCAGAAACCAUCCGCCGCCUCCUUUUCCGUCUCAUCAUCCUGCUCGUCUAAGAUAUCCACAUCGAUUUGUGAGAUCACAUCCUCAUCCUCCUCUUCCUCCACAUUUACAUGCAUACAGACCGUGGCCGCCGUCUUCACCCUUGGGGUAUCCUCCACCCAUCAGACAGUCUGAUCAUUUUCUCUCCCGUUCCUCUCCGUACAGAGACAGAUCGUCAGAGUUACAACCGAGACAUUCGCCGCCGCCUCCUUUCAGACAUUCGCCGCCGCCUUCUUUCAGACAUUCGCCGCCACCAUUUGUAGAUUCUUCACAAUUUAGACGUUCUCCUCCACCACCCAGGCAUUCUUUCUACAGAGACAGAUCGCCGUCACCACGUCGAUACCAUUACCCUCCACCACCACCCCCACAACCGGCUCAUCGAACACUCGGACGUCCUCCUCCUCUUUUUGGUCCUUCCGAAUUGCCCGGUCAACGGAGAUCACCACCAUUUGACUACAGACGACCACACCCUGCCAACAGACGAUUGCACCUUGCCGACAGAGACCUCGCACCACCACCUCCUAUGCCUCCGAACACAUCGAGAUUGUAUUCGGAUUACGACAGUGCAUACGACCACUAUGAAGACAUUAUCACCGAUACUCCAAAUUCUAAUCAUAUGGAAAACCCAAAUGACCCAUAUUUAGACUACUUUGAUCCUCAAGGUGCAUGUGACGACAACGAACCCGUGUGUGACGACAACGAACCAACAGAUGAAGCUUACAUGCCUUUAGAAGUCAAGCCACAGGAACCGGUCAAUGUUUUGCCCAAGAGUACAUCACAGAUGUUACCAGGCCUACUGCCUUUGAUGUCUACGGAUGUGCCACCAUCUCAGAGUGUUUCUCACAGUCAACGUGUGCAACCACAUCAGUUGGAGAUUUCUCAGCCUGUGUCUACGUCUGAUUACUUUCAGCCUGUGUCUACGUCUGAUUACUCUCUGCCUGUGUCUCAACCAUUGUGUCAGUCUCGGUCUCAGAGUCAAGCUGUGGUGUCGCAGAGUACACAAGUGAAACAGGAAUUUAACUUUAAUCUUGCUGCAGCAAAGCAGAGAAUCGAGGCGAUGCAGUCGUCUGGAUUCUCGGUUGGAAAGGGCAAUCCAUUCUUGAAGCCACAACAGGCAGAACCAAAGACAGUUGCUGUAAAACCGGUUGUCAGACAACAAAUUCCGCUCUCACAACACCAGCACGAGGAGCAACAUCAGGAAGAACAACCUCAUCAACAACAACAACAACAACAACAGCAACAACAACAAGAGCAACAGCUGCAAAGACAACAACAACAACAACAGCAGCAGCAGCAGCAGCAGCAGUGGUGGCCAGAUCAACAGCAUCAACAACCACAGCAACGACAGCAAAAAACACACAAGAAACUACAGCUCAUCAAACCUCCAAUGAUUCCCAGCUUGCCGGAUCCACCUCCACGAUCUCAGCCGGCGGCAUCGGUCGCCGUUCCUGCUGAGCAGAUGAUUAGGCGCAAGUCGGCCGAUGAUGUGGAGAAACCUAGUACUAUGUCAGUGAAGAGAUUAGACAGACAGUGGUCUGUUGGUACUACACACAACAAACCACCUGUAGUAGGUCCCUUGCGGUCUCUUAUGGACAUAGAACUGCCAGGAAAGUUGCCUGCUCAAUCGAGUACGAGUGCAGCAAUGUCAUCUGCUCAAGGGGUUACGACAGUUGCGGUGGCUCAUAGGGCUCCUGGUGCCACAAUGGCAGAGAAAUCGAAAUCCACUUUAGUUGUUAGUGAACUGGCUUUGGGUACAUCACAUCAGCAGCUGAGGGCACUCUUUUCUGAAGUUGGCACUAUUAAGUCCUUGAAACUUAUCUCUCGGGAAAAUAAAGCUGUUGUUACAUUCACUGAUCCACGUGAUGCACUUGGCUGUCGUCGUAAAUAUCACAGGAGUGUCGUCGAUGGAGCUCACAUCAAUGUUUCAUUUGCCUGAUCUACAGUUGUGAGCCCUCAGUUGUUUGGGGAAAACCAAUGCGCUAACCACUGAAGAGGCACUGAGUGAGUUGUGCCACUCCAAGGGCAGUUAUUAAUAGACAGACUAACACAAUAUGGUAGCACUGUUUACACAUUGGUAGGUAACAGGCUUCUUCUUUCUGUAUAUUUUUUCCGAUUUUCUGGAAAGAGAAAUUUUAAUGGUUAGAAGCAGAAGAGAUUGAAAAGAGUAAUAUGAUAUCAGUAAUAACCA